UCUUUUUCCUCUCCGCGUGAGUGGCACUUGGCGCGGACUGGGACUCAAGGCUGGUGUUGGCGCGCUGCGGGGCUUGUCUUCGGGUCGCUCGUUUGGGGGACCAUGGCUACCGAUUCCUGGGCGCUGGCGGUGGACGAGCAGGAAGCCGCUGUCAAGUCGAUGAGCAGUCUGCAGAUCAAGGAAGAGAAAGUCAAAGCUGACAGCAAUGGUGUUAUCAAAGCCAGCACGGCUGCAGAAAAGACAGAGGAUGAAGAGAAAGAGGACAGAGCUGCCCAGUCUUUACUCAACAAGCUGAUCAGAAGCAAUCUUGUGGAUAACACCAACCAAGUGGAAGUCCUGCAGAGGGACCCAACCUCCCCGCUCUACUCAGUGAAGUCUUUCGAAGAGCUUCGCCUGAAACCACAGCUUCUCCAAGGAGUCUAUGCCAUGGGCUUCAAUAGACCAUCCAAGAUCCAGGAGAAUGCAUUGCCCAUGAUGCUUGCUGAACCCCCCCAGAAUCUGAUUGCCCAGUCUCAGUCUGGUACUGGGAAAACAGCUGCCUUUGUCCUAGCUAUGCUCAGCAGAGUGGAGCCAGCAGACAGACACCCUCAGUGUUUGUGCCUGUCCCCAACAUAUGAGCUGGCGCUUCAAACAGGAAAAGUGAUUGAGCAAAUGGGCAAGUUUCAUCCAGAAUUGAAGCUGGCUUAUGCUGUUCGAGGCAAUAAAUUGGAAAGAGGUCAGAAGGUCAGUGAGCAGAUUGUCAUUGGUACCCCGGGGACUGUCCUGGACUGGUGCUCCAAGCUGAAGUUUAUUGACCCCAAGAAGAUCAAGGUGUUUGUUCUGGAUGAGGCUGACGUGAUGAUAGCAACUCAGGGCCACCAAGACCAGAGCAUCCGCAUCCAGAGGAUGCUGCCCAGAAACUGCCAGAUGCUGCUUUUCUCUGCCACCUUUGAAGACUCGGUGUGGAAGUUUGCCCAGAAGGUGGUCCCAGACCCCAACAUCAUCAAACUGAAGCGCGAGGAGGAGACUUUGGACACCAUCAAACAGUACUAUGUCCUUUGCAAUAACAGAGAGGAGAAGUUCCAGGCCCUGUGCAACCUGUAUGGGGCCAUCACCAUCGCUCAGGCCAUGAUCUUCUGCCAUACCCGGAAAACAGCUAGCUGGCUGGCAGCGGAGCUCUCCAAAGAGGGCCACCAGGUGGCUCUGCUGAGUGGAGAGAUGAUGGUGGAGCAGAGAGCUGCAGUGAUUGAGCGCUUCCGAGAAGGCAAAGAGAAGGUUCUGGUGACCACCAACGUGUGUGCCCGAGGUAUUGAUGUUGAACAAGUGUCUGUGGUCAUCAAUUUCGACCUUCCUGUGGACAAGGACGGGAACCCAGACAAUGAGACCUACCUGCACCGCAUUGGGCGCACGGGCCGCUUUGGCAAGAGGGGUCUGGCGGUAAACAUGGUUGACAGCAAGCACAGCAUGACUAUCCUCAACAGAAUCCAGGAGCAUUUUAAUAAGAAGAUAGAAAGAUUGGACACAGAUGAUUUGGAUGAGAUCGAGAAAAUAGCCAACUGAGAAGCUUCUCCAGCAGCUGCCGCCACCCUCAGCACUGUCCCUGCCUGGGAGCCUAGUGCUUUCAUGGCAUAGGCCUUGACAGACACCUCAGAGACCAAGGCCUGAGUAGAGACUACCUACCUCAUUCAGAAUCACGUUUGGACUUGACAAAUUUCGAAAACAGUAGGGCGAAAAUCUAAGGAAAUUUUGCAUUUUAGAAAGUAGUCAUAGCUGGGUUCAUGGUGCACACCAUGAAUCCUAGCACUUGAAAGGCAGAGGCAGGUUCAUCUCUGAGUUACAGGGCAGCCAGAGACAUGUAGUGAGACACUGUCUCCAUGCAAGAAGAGUCCUUACCACUAACCCCUUUAAAGCCAGUUUUCUCUUCUCUGGUAAUACAGUUGCUGUUGAUGAUGUUUGGGCCCCAGACUGUGUACCCACUCUCUGGCUACAUGUGUUUGGACCAACCUCCAGCCUUGAAUAAGUGACAGAAGAAAAGGUGUUCAGAGAGGCCAGGAGAAGCACAGCACAGCUGUAGCAGGCUGCCUUUGAUGGAACUAAUAGAGUCCCUCUGUACUCCACCCACCCAUACCACCUCAGUUCCUCCCUGGUGAGAUUCUCGGCUACUACUUUAUUCUUCAGAUUGCCAGACAAGAUGGUAAUCAGCAAAUGACACACUCAAGACAUAGGUCUGUUGGGUAGACAAUCCCUUUGAAGAUGGGGUCUGUCUUUACCCCUGCUCACUUCAUCUGUCCUGUGCCUAGCUCCAUUAUUUGGUUCUAGUGCAUAGGAUUUCAUGCCAAGCAGUAAUUUAGAAAGGAAGUUAUGACCAAGCAAGACCUCUUAAUUAUGCUGUAAGCAGGCUUAUGGGUUACUUCAUACAUUGUGUGAAUAAGAUUCGAUAAAUCCGUGAUAAAACGAAGUUCUAUGAAAUUCUAAAAUAAUUAUGAGAAGCAUUUUACUAAUCAUGGUUUAUUUGUAUUUUUAUGCUUACUAGACUAAUAUAUGCUCAUUAAAAAGUGUGUAUAAAAA